GUUGUUGGCACGUGCCGAGGCAGGGGGCGGGGAAGGGCUGAGGGCCCGGCAGCGAGCGGGGAGAACCAGCUGAGCACCACUGUACCACUGUAGGAUGCUUCGCAAUGCCCUAGGAAAAACCUUCCGAUUUCUGGGGUACACGGUGCAAUAUGGCUGCAUAGCACACUGUGCCUUUGAGUACCUUGGAGGAAUUGUUGUGUGUUCUGGACCUUCAAUGGAACCAACCAUUCAAAACUCUGAUAUUGUGUUUUCGGAGAACCUCAGCCGCCACUUUUAUUGCAUUCGAAAAGGAGAUAUUGUAAUUGUGAAAAGCCCAAAUGACCCCAAAUCAAAUAUCUGUAAAAGAGUAAUUGGCUUGGAAGGGGAUAAAGUCUGCACAAGCAACCCUUCAGAUUUCCUUAAGAGUCACAGCUAUGUGCCUAAAGGACAUGUUUGGUUAGAAGGUGAUAAUCUCAGGAAUUCUACAGAUUCCAGGUACUAUGGACCUGUUCCUUAUGGGCUGAUAAGAGGGCGCAUUUGGCUUAAGAUAUGGCCUCUGAAUGACUUUGGAUUUCUACGUGCAAGCCCCAAUGGCCACAGAUUUCUUGAUGAUUAAAAGACUUAAGUUACUAUUGACAGUUUUCAUAGUAUUUUCUAAAAUGAAUGGAACUAUUUUUGUUUAGAA